CCAAACAGUCUGGUCGUCGGUCUUUUGCACAACCAAGUUUCAGUUAUCUAUGAGACGUCGACGCGGUCGUGCAUAGGAACGCAAGGAAUCUUUUGAAUCUCUCGCUCUUUGUAUUGUAUUUGUCGUGCGUGUAUAUGUGAAUGUGUUUUUUGAAAGCCCCCUUAAAAAUAAACCCAAAGAAAUGUUGAAAGCAAAAAUAUUAUUAAGCUUGUCUUAAAAUAAACAACCAAAGGAAAUUUGUUGAUAUUACUUACUCUCGCUUGGCAAAAAGAAACAAAACAAGUGGCAGAGAAAGAGAGCCCGCGUAAAAUUUAUUUCUUAUUGCAAUUUUAAAGCAAACCCAACACAAUAAAAAGCUAGAAAACAAAACGCAAAAAACCCCAAUAACCACGAGCUUGAAAAACGGGCUUAAAAUUUUAAUCAUCUCGCCUUGCUUUGGGUCGUAUGUGCGUGCGUGUGUGAAUUUUUUUUUUCGUCUACGUCUACGUUAACGGUGUACGCGCGUGUGUGUAUAUGUAUGGCUGAGUAGCUCCAAUUGUUUCAAAAGUGUUAUUUGAUGUUUUUUGUUUCUUUUGUCUAACAACAACAAUACCAAGAGUCUUCUUGUAUUGAAUCUGGCUUUUUUUUUGUGUGUGCAUUGCCCACACCACAUCUCUCUUUAGAAAACCCCACAACAAAAGCCAAAAUGCGUGAUAAAGUUUAGUGUUUAACCGCAAAAAAAGAUAAAAAAAAAGAAACGAAAAAAAACCCAAUUUAACACAAAACAGAAAUUAAGAAAUCAGAAAUCAAUUAGCCAUUGAAAAAUAAAAACAAACUACAAUUAAAUUCUAUAAAGCAAGUUAAAAAAAAUCUAAAAAAUUUGGAUUCUGUGAAAUAAUCUCGACAUUACCCCCGCUUACUGUUUGACACUGCUCUUCUCGGUAAUCAUCUUCUUAUCAUAUAAAAUACGCGGAUUAUAUUUUGCGGUAAGACUGACCUUAGCAGCGUUUAUCCACUCCAUUGAAUAGUGUGGAUAAUCUGAAACCACAAAUGAUACGGUUUUUCGAUUGCCUGUCCAUUGUACUGAAAAUAUAAAAAGAAAAACAAGCCAUUUAUUUGAUUAAAUUUUCUAUUCAUUCAUCGAGUAAAAAGAGGAUUAACCUUCGCAUCUAGGCAGCUGAGCUGAGCUGCAUCAGUGCAUAACAUCUCCAACAAAGGAUUAUUUUUGAUUUCCAAAACACCAUAAUCAUCAUCAUCAUCAUCAUCACCAUCAGCAGUAUUCAGGCAAAGACUCCACAUAAAUAAACCAUCUGUGCAGCCAUUCAUCUAAGAUCUCUUCUCUUCAUUUCCUUUACGAUCUGAGAAUGGAUCUCAUAUUAUAAGUUGGAAUUUUCCAUUGUUGCUGGCUGUGAAUGCACGUGUCUCUCAUUGUCAGUUGGAAACCGAAAGCGGAGAACUUCUUCAUUGAUACUCUGUAGGAAUAUCAACAUCAGCAUUAUCACAUCACAUCCAACCGGGGAAGCCCAUUAAUUAUUAACAAUCAUUUAAUCAAGAUUGCAAUAAAAAUACAUUUUUAUACGCCAUCCACCUUUAGGUGGUAGAGAUAACAAACAUUGCCAAGAAAAUGAAUCUCAAAUCGAGCAGGCGUUCAAGAACGCCCACGCCCAAUAACGCCCAUAACAAAAUGCCAACCUUUAAAGGCUUCAGCACCACCUCGCUGUUCAUCAUACUCUGCUGUUUUAUUAGCACACAUUUGCCUAUGGCCAGCACAGCUAAUCCAUCGGCUAGUAAAUUACGUGAGGAUUGCAUGGAACUAUCGGUAAAAUCCAAAUGUGAAUGCAUACCCAUGCUAACGGAUUUACAAAUCGAAUGUCCGGUCAAUGAUCCGAAAAUUACCAUAAAAAUUCGACCUGGUGAUCAUGUAAUGAUUGAAUGCUAUAACAUUAAUUAUCGCGAUUAUAGGCUAAUGCCCAACAUGACCAUAGGCAAUACAACGCAAGUGCAAAUUCAAGGAUGUCCUUUGCCAGGAUAUUUACCCAUUGCUAGCAUACCCCAACAAUUGGGAGUGACCAGAUAUACCACCCUAUUAUUUGAUAACAACAAUGAUUUGGGCACCAACAUAACCAAAGAACAUUUGAGUGGCCUUCAUGGCCUGGGUAGACUACGCUUUAGUUCAUCUCGCCUGCUGCAUAUGCCUUCGGAUUUAUUUUCGGACACAUCAUUGCGCAACAUCACUUGGAUAGAUUUACGUUCGAAUAAUGUUGAACUGCCGGUGGAUAUAUUUGCCAAAUUGGAAAAUUUGAUAUUCAUUGAAUUGGGCUAUAAUCAUUUGAAAAACCUGCCCAUUGGCAUAUUUCGCAACCAAAAGAAACUUCAAGUCUUGAAUUUGUGGAGUAAUGAGCUGCAGAAUCUCACCAAGGAGACCUUUGCCGGUAUACCCUCACUGACCGAAUUGGAUUUGAGCAAUAAUGGCAUCGAAACCUUCCCUGAGGAUAUUUUUGAAUACUUGCCCAAUCUGAGCACCAUUAGUUUGAAUAAAAAUCGUUUCCAUUCUUUGCCGGAGGGGCUUUUCAAGAGUAACAAACAUUUGAAGUUGAUAAGAUUGACCAAUAAUCGUGUCCCUUUGAGAAGUUUGCCCAGAGGAUUUUUCGCCAAUCUUCCCCACUUAAAGGAGAUACGCUUAACCACCGAUUUGGAAUCGGUUCCUGGGGAUUUAUUUGCCAAUUCUACCGGUUUGGAGACAGUGCUGAUAACGGAUAACAAAUUGGGCACUUUGCCCGAGGAGUUAUUCGAAAGUCAAUUAAAUUUGAUACAUUUGGAGCUGUCCUACAAUGAAUUGACCAACUUGCCAGAUCAUCUGUUUCAUAAUACACGAAAUUUAACUUCUUUGAAAUUGGAUCACAAUCAAUUGACGGAGAUUUCAAGCGACCUCUUUGCCUCACUGACCAAAUUGAAAACCCUUGAUGCCAGCAACAAUCGACUGACCACCAUCGAUCCCCAGGCAUUUGCCUAUGCUCAAAGUAUUGAGGAUAUCAAUUUCGAAAAUAAUCAUCUGAGUUUGGGUGAAUCCUACAGCCAAAUGUUGGAGGAUGGUCUGGGCGCCUAUCAAAGAGGUUCACCCUUUCAGCAUUGCAUGAGUCUGAAGCGCUUGAAUUUAAAGAACAAUUCAGUGAUGUACAUACCACAAGAUUGGAAGUUUCAACUUUUGAAUUUACAAGAAUUGGAUUUAAGCUACAACAAUAUCACCACCCUGUCCGAGGAUGAUUUGCAGUUCUUGACGCGCUCUGAUCUACACUUGAAUUUGACUCACAAUCAGUUGAGAAUGAUCAACUUUCAAAACAUUGAGCUGAGUGCAGAGACCAAGUUGAAUAAGGUAAAAAUGGAUCUCAACGACAACCCGGUGCAAUGUGAUUGUGUGCUCCUGAGUUUUGUGCAAUUCCUAAGGGGUGAGCGGGGCCAAGCUUUGAAACAAUCCGUCAUAUUGAACACCCGAAAUCUUAGGUGCAGUACACCCGGAAACCUAAGAGGCAUGGAAGUGGAAAAGGUGAAACCCAUGGAGCUGUUGUGUCCCUUCGAUCAUGAGGAUACCAACCCGAAGCGCUGUCCCAAGGGUUGCCAAUGUUGGGUGCGUACUUUCGAUCGCAUUCUAAUGGUGAACUGUUCCAAUGGCAACCUGACCAAGGUUCCACCACUGCCUCGCAUUGAACAAUUCCAGUUGGCUGGCACCGAAUUGAAUGUGCAAAACAAUGAAUUGAUGAAAUUGCCUUUGGCCUCAACACCAGGCUAUGCGAGCGUGGUUAAGAUGUUUGCAGCAGGCAAUAACUUGACAGACAUAGAGGGCACUCAGCUUCCCUAUCAUUUGACCCAUUUGGAUGUGCGUUACAAUGCCUUGAAGUAUUUCAAUGAGAGUACCAUCAAUUUCUUGAAUGAGAGUAAAACUCUGGAAUCUGUAUACCUAUCGGGCAAUCCCUGGACCUGUGAUUGUGGGGCCAAGCCCUUGUUGAUGUAUGCCCAACGCAAAUAUGAUGCCAUCAGAGACUUUGGAGAGAUGACCUGUGCCAAUCUGGGGCCCACAACCAAAUAUAUCAGCGAAUUGUCCAUCACUGAUAUCUGCUCGGAGAGUGAACUUUAUAUAGCGGCCAGCAUAGCCAUUUCUGUGGUGGGUCUUUUAAUAGGCACUCUGGCUGCCCUGUACUACAAAUAUCAGAAGGAAAUCAAAAUAUGGCUAUAUGCCCACAAUAUGUUCAUGUGGUUUGUAACCGAAGAGGAAUUGGACAAGGAUAAGAAAUAUGAUGCCUUCAUUUCGUAUUCGCAUAAGGAUGAGCAAUUUAUUGCCGAAUAUUUGGUGCCUCAAUUGGAGAAUGGCACUCCACCGUUUAAGUUGUGUGUUCAUGUGCGCGACUGGCUGGUGGGUGAGUGCAUACCAGAUCAAAUAGUACGCUCCAUAGAGGAUUCGCGCAGGACCAUAGUGGUGUUAUCGCAACAUUUCAUAGACUCGGUGUGGGCCAAAAUGGAAUUCAAGACUGCACAUCAGGCCUCCCUUACCGAGGGCAGGGCGCGAGUGAUAGUCAUCAUAUAUGGGGAUAUAGGAAACAUAGACAAUUUGGAUUCGGAUCUGAAGGCCUAUUUGAAAAUGAACACCUAUCUGAAGUGGGGUGAUCCCUGGUUCUGGAGCAAAUUGCGUUAUGCCAUGCCUCAUCCGGUGAAUAAUGAUAUGAAGGGCUUGGUCAAGACACCUCUAAAGGGCUCCACAGAUGAUAAGCUGGAGCUGAUCAAACCCUCACCGGUGACCCCCACUCUGACCACACCCCCUGGAGAGGCCACCAAAAAUCCUUUGGUGGCCCAUCUCAAUGGAGUGGGAGCCACCCAGACGGCGGUUAUGUUUGCCAAUGGCAAAACUCCAGCCUACUACACCAACGGCAAGACAACGACGGCCGGCCAAAAUUGCCACAUCAAUGGAGCUUUCAUCAUUAACACCAAUGCCAAGCAGAGUGAUGUAUAGAAUUGGGAGAAGGCGGAAAUGUUUCAAUUUGAUGAUGUACUAUACCGAUGAAACAUUUGAAGCGCAGCAACUCUUAACUAAGCAAAACCACAAAUCCAGAGAAACCAAAAUCCUUAGGCAUCAACAAGGAAGGUAACACCAGACCACCAUCCCUCCCAUGGACAAAGGAAACAAAAAUAAGAACACAAACACACAACAUAUGUAUGUAUUAAAAAGGACUGAAGUGCUUGGAAAAGCUUCAUUUAGCAAACACACUCUUAAAUUAUGUUGGACAAGUUUUUUGGUUUAAAAAAAGCUUUUCAAAAUUUAAAAAAAAAAUCAUUUAAAGGCAAUUUGCAUAAUUCAUAGAAAACACAACUAUUGGAAAAAAAAGCUUUUAAAAGCUUUUGAAAGCCUUGGAAAGCUUUCUACAUAUUUUGUUUAAAUUUUAUCAUAGGGAAUGAAUAUAAAGACUUCUCAAUUCAAAUAUUGAGUUAUUGGACAAA